CAGUGCGGAUGGAUAUGGAGAGUGCGUGUCUUCUCCUCAUUCGAAGUUUGGUGUGCAGAGAUAAUAUGGCAAAACCGCGCUUUUUCGUUUCGACGAUUCCUCUGUGAGUGUCAGGGCUGAGUGGAUGUGCAAUAUCCUAGGGGUUUGAUUUCUGAUUGCUGCUCCCUCCAAAUUAAAGAUCAUGAUCUCCCAACACUCUGUUUGGCUUCCAGUUCGAAAUGAUUGUACUAAGUGUUAUUUUGUUAUAUAAACAUCAAUGUCCAUUGAAUCACAGCCAUUUAUAAUCAUCUUUCCAUUUGCCAAAUAGUUCACAUUUUAGAGAUUUUGUUUGUAACCCACUCUAGCUUGGGAAAGUCAUUUUCGUUAUUGGUCAUUGUUUAUCCUUUCCUCUAUGAUGUUUGUGUAUGACUGUAUGGUAUUGUUGCCUUGUCCCUUAGCUCAGACUUGUGCCUAAGAAAUGCGUGAAUCAAUUGAAACCCAUUAUUCUUUUGUAUGAGGUACCACCAGCUACCAGCUAACUCGUCAAAAAAUUCUCUCCCAAACUCUUGAUUAUUGGCCGUGUAGGAUUUUGCUUGCAAAAGAUGCAGCAGGUUGUCAUUCCCGGGCAAAAUAGCAAGUCCUUUUUCAGUGUUAGACUAGAUGUACAGAAACCAGUUGAGUCUAGAAUUUCCCAUGUAGUUUUUAACUUGGUUCCUAGGCACGGUCAUGGCAAACUAUGUCUUGGUGGAACAAAGAUUGAACCUCUAGUGAAGAUCGGGCACACAUUCUGCCCUAGUAGGAUAAGAGUUGCGGAUGAAUAUCAAGAAAAUUUGUCUGAUGAAGAUGACGAUCUCUGUCCCGUUGAAUGUGUAAGAGAAUUCACCACUGAUGAAGAGUUCAGCAGAAUUCUGGACAAGGCUAAAGAAAAUGGAUCUUUGGUGGUGGUGGAUUUCUUCCGCACCUCUUGUGGAAGCUGCAAGUAUAUAGAGCAGGGUUUUGCAAAAUUGUGCAAGAAAUCUGGUGAUCAUGAUGCUCCGGUAAUCUUUCUAAAGCAUAAUGUAAUGGAUGAAUAUGAUGAGCAAUCCGAGGUUGCUGACCGACUCAGAAUCAGGGCUGUGCCUCUUUUCCACUUCUACAAAGAUGGGGUCCUGUUGGAAGCAUUCCCAACCAGAGACAAAGAUAGGAUUGUUGCAGCCAUCCUCAAGUACUCGUCUCUUGAAGCUGAAGAUAUCUUAGGUUAACUUCAAGAGAUGAAUUCACGGCACCCUCAGUGACGGUUGUGCACUGCAGGAAAAUUAGUCAAUUUUUGUAUCUUACAAAGUUCAUUGAACAACAUGAUGUAUACUCAAUAAAAAAAAGCUGUAGUCUUGUCAGCCUAAUUUACUUUGUUAGGAUAUUUGAUUGCAAAGAAUUUGGUGGAGAGUUUAAUGUCCACUAUGAUACACCCUUCACUUUCCCCAUAGGUAAUAAAUAUAUUUUCUUUCUGCUUA